GGAGAAUGCGCAUUAUAUUAUACAAUUUAGAAAUGAAUGGACAUACACUUAUAUAUAAUUAUAUAUAGUUGUAGCUGUGUGUCGUGGUUAGGCGAGACAUAGUGAAAAACUAAAAAAUCAAAUAUGAAUAAGUUUGAAAUAAUACAUAAUCAUACAUAUUUAAUGUUUAAUCUAAUUUAUAAAUUGGAACAAUGAUAUAUAAUUACACUGUAUUUUUUACAUUACUUGGUUUAGUAGGAACAUACUGACUUGCCUAAAAAUGCUACGUGUGGCUUGUUACUACAUAAUUGUAUUCAUAACAUCGGCUGAGUUUGUGAGAUCAAAAAUUGUUUGGGAUAAUUUUUGUGGAAUAAACUUUGGUUGUUUCCAUGACUGCACAGACAAUGGGUGUGGAUUUCUGAUUUCUUGGGUCGACAGACCUUGGAAACAAGGCUUUGACUUCACCAUGUCAUUGGCAACAGACGACAUUUACACCCAGCAAUGGUUUGCAAUUGGACUCUCUGAUGACGACAGGAUGGGCAAUGACUGUGUUAUUGAAUGUAUAAAGAAUGAGGAGAUGAGACAGUUUGCCUCCGUUCAACAUUCGUACAACGAACAAUACUACAACAUUGACAUUCCAAACCCUCAGACGGGCUUACGGGCCAUGUCAGGGUCGUAUGAGGAUGGAGUUCUGAAGUGUGAAUUCACAAGGCAGAUGGACAUGGAGGGAGACAAGAAAAUCUUUUCCCUAGACACACCGAGAUACAUGUUUGUGGCCCAUGGAAAUAUGCAUCAUGGAAGUAAGGUCAGACACAGUUUGUUUCCGGGACCUUUUAUUUCUCCAAAACCGGUCGACCUUACACAACUUGAUGACAUUCAGGGAAACCAUAACGACUAUUUUGUCAAAAUACAUGGUUCCUUGAUGAUCCUGGCCUGGGUGCUACUAGCAAGCCUUAGCUUGGUGCUUGCCAGAUAUUACAAGCAACAGUGGCCCAUGGGGAAAGUUUGCGAUCGACGGGUGUGGUAUCAGGCCCACAAGGUGUUGAUCCUGGUGACGUUUUCCCUCGUCUUGAGUGGCUUCGUUAUCAUCUGGGUGAAAACCAGAGGACUGUCCAAGAUGCGAGGUGCGACGACAGUACAACACGCCCAUCCUUUCCUGGGAGUGGUCAUCAUGGGGCUGACAUUUAUUAAUCCUUUGAUGGCGUUUCUGCGGCCAAACACAGGGACGUUAAACAGGCCGGUGUUCAAAUAUAUCCACGGAUUUAUCGGCACUAUCGUCUACGUUCUGGCAGUCCUGAAUGUAUUGUUGGGCAUGUCGCUGCCAGAGAGCAAAUCCCCGGCCAGUGCAUUUUGGGUUCUCGUGGGUUUCGCUGUGUACCAGGUUGUCUUAGAAAUAUUUCUCGGACUGCACGAGUGCUACUUGAUAAAAACCGGCCGCCUUUCGGACUAUGAGAUGAAAGAGUUGUCUGCCAUUCGACGAGACUCUAUCACCUCCAUAAACAAGCCACCACCGGGCUCCUUGGUGAAAAACAUCGUCCUCAUCGUUCAUGCUACAGUACUAGUUGGCUUUACCGUGGCAUCGGUGACAUUGCUGUGUACCGCAUGACGGCCGCACUGUCAAACGUUCAGGGUGAUGCGUGUUGAAAACGCCUGCAUCGUUGACACAAACGCCCAUGCUGUUUUCGUUGAACGGGAAACUUAUCAGUCUGCGGAUAUUUACUUCACGUUUUGCAUUCCAUAAACGGAAACAUACCAUACACGUUUAUCGUUGAAGCUUUCGCUAUGAAGAAAACUGCAUGGAAUUUUGUUGAGUAGAAGUUGUUUCGUUGAACGGCCAACUUUUCAGACUGCGGAUAUUUACUUCACGUUUUGCAUUCCUUUUUUUAAAACGUUUGGGCGAUGCGUCGACUUGUAUCGAUAUACGAAAACAUACCAUAAACGUGUAUCGUUGAAGCAUUCGUUAUGAAGAGAACUACAUGGAAUUGUGUUGAGUAGAAGUUGUUUUAAGCAUUGUAUUGCAUAUAAACUAUUAUGAAAAAUUGUUCACAACUUUUUCAAUUAUCUGAUAUAAAAGACACUGUUUUAAUGCUUUA